UGUGGUGGUGUGUGCGGGGUUGCACUCAGAUGGGCGUGUCAGGGGCGGGGCCUCCAUGGUGUAUCUGAGGCGUUUCAUUGGCUGCGCCGUGAGGGAGUUCAGCUUCCUGGCCAAGAAGCCGGGAUGUAGUGGCCUGCACAUCACCACUGAUGCCUGCUGGAGGCGCUGUGAGACCUGGGAGAAACCGGUGCUGGAGCCGCCCCAACGGAGUCGUACCAGGUGCAGGAUGUUGCAUUAUUUCCUGUGCUCACGCUGUGUGAUGACGGUGUGCCUGCCCAACUGCUCCGCCCACGUCGACCCCACCUACACCUACCCCAUCGCCAUGCGCUGCGACUGCGCUGUGUGUCUGACCAGCACCACCGAGCAGGAAUUUUGAGGGACAGUUGCUCUGACCUGAAAAAAGGGCAUCCCCACACCAGAGUUUCCGCUAGGUCAAAGUGACCGGCAGAGGUUUCGUU